AUGGGUAAAACAUUCAGAAAAGCAAAAACAUCAAACAAGAACUAUCAAUUCAAGGAGCACAAGAAUCCAAUGGCAAAGCCAGUGCAGUCAAUAAAGCUACCCGGAUCACCAAGCAUGCGCAGUGAAAGAGACACCAGCAGAACAAGCAUUCGCACAGGUGUACCGCCAAUCGGAACAAUGGGGCGCGUAACCACUAGGCCCAUUGAAGAAAUAACACUUGACAAUGCGCAGAAUGACCAGGAAGUGAAACUUGCCCUGGGCGUAAUAAACAAGUCAAUGAAUAAGAUAAAAGAGGCACAGAAAACAAAGAAGUACAAGACAUGGACAGCUGAGGAUGCAGAUUAUACCCUGCCAAUUGAUCCAAGCAAGCAGACUGCAGAAUUCAGCGAUGUUUCAGAAGAAGAAGAGAUGCCAGCAAAAAUGAACUCUUUAAGUGAACAAUCACUUGGAUCUACCAGAUCUAGUGGAUGGAAAGACUUCCCUACAAAGGACAUGCCUGUUGUGGCACCAUCUGGCGAGAAGUCAGUCCACAAGAGCCUUCAGAGUAUGAGCUUGAAUAAAUCCGAGUCUACACGGGCAUCUGGGUGGAAGGACUUCCCUACAAAGACCAUGCCGGUUGUUUCACCUUCUGGUGCCAAACCAGCUUCUUCAUCUUUCGGUGCUAGGCCAGCUUCUUCAUCUUUCGGUGCUAAGCCAGCCUCUUCAUCUUUCGGUGCUAAGCCAGCUUCUUCAUCUUUCGGUGCUAGGCCAGCUUCUUCAUCCUUUGGUGCUAAGCCAGUUGACAGAAGUCUCCAAAGCACAGGCAGACAGCCCCUCUUCAGCAAGACAGAGAAGCAGCAGGCCAGAGAAAAGAUUAAGAAAGAGCUCCUUGGGUACGCAGAAAAGGACUCUGAAAACCCAACGCUUCGCAAGAUGCUUACAACACCUGCACAUCUGCGCCACGGCAGGAGACAGUAUGCAGCAGCACCUCUAAGCAAAACCCGCUCUGAGCAGCUUCCACCCAAGAAGUUUGGAGAGCAGGCACAGAAUAGAAUGCAAAGCACAGAUAAAAGCAAGCCCCAGCAGACUUAUAAGAGCAAGGAUGUGACAGGCUACAGCAAAGUUGAUCCAAACACAAACAGCAGAGCCACUUACUUCAGCAUACUCAAGACCCCACUGAGCAGCCAGCAGAUAAACAGCUGCCCAAGCGGUGCACGCUCCCAGCAGACAAACGGCUUCCCAAGCGGUGCACGCACUCAGAAUGCAAAGGCAAAGAAGGCCAUUCCUGCAGAAAAUGUCAGACCAGCCCAGAAGGAAAGUCAGGCACUUGCAAACAUGGCUAGAACCAACCUCUUGCCGCUGGUUGGCCCACAGAUAACUGAGUCCCAUAAUGGUGCACUGCGGGUGCAAAGGACACAGCACGCAUACGUAGUGAACAAAGUGUUCAAGUCAAAGACAUCUUCCAAGAAUGAUCCAUUUUUGAAAAGAGUCCACCACAACGUUAAAAACCGUGCUGGAAUGAACGAGUAUGCUAAAGAGUCAAAGUACUCCUCAACAUACAAACAGCCUAUAUUUGAGGAUGAUCAAUAA